AUGGCGACAUCUACCAAUUCGACACAUGCACCGUCUACUACCUCGCGAACCGCACCCCAAUCCUCGACGCCUGCCCAAUUGUUUUACGGCGCCCGAGGACGGAGUGGAUCUAUCGCAUCGUCGUUUGCGAGACAACAAGCAGGAACAUCACCGACAUCUCCUGCUCCCCCUCUUCCCAUAUCAACUUCACUCAAUACAGGGUUAUCCAGCUCUUCUGGACACGGCCACAAACACAGCUCCAGUCUGUCCUCGUUUACAUUCACCCGCUCGUCCACUUUUCCAGCUCUCUCGUCCCCCGUAAGAACGACCUUUGGACCGGGUUCUCCGAGAGCCUCUUCGACCUUCAUCCCCCUCGACACAUACGCAAACACAAAACACCACCAACGCAAUCCAAGUCCGCUGGGCGGCCCCAGUCUAGCUCUUCCGCCUUCCACCCGAGGCUUAAACCGUGCCAAUUCUGGCACACGGACUUAUUCGAGCGGGAGCACUUAUUCUGUUUCCCCGCCUCAUAUCCAUGCUCGAUCCACUUCAACAGUCGUCGAACAGAUUCCGCUCACGAGGCUACCGUCAAAGCAGCAGCAGAGUCGGGAAGCUUUGAUCCCCUCGGCCGGUUCGACUCCUAAACAGUCCAGUGCGGAUGCAGGGUUUGGAGCCAUGCUACUUAAUGCGAGUAAACGCGCCAGUCUGCUCGUUGGAAAGGGGGAAGAUAAACCACCUUCGCCUCGUUCCCCAGCCCCUAUUCCUAUCCCAACUGAACAAGGAGGGCUGCAAGUACGAGACGAGAGGGACAAGGAAAAGGGGGGGCGACAGCGUCUCAUUCGUCUACCGGAUCCAUACGAAGCAGCGGGAGCGGCCAACCUCGCUCUGCACCCGCUGCUAAAUCACAUCACUCUGAACCGCACCACCGACCGCCUCACAGUUCGUCAGGAUGGCAACCUGAUAUCGGCCCUGUUGCGGCGGAACUCGUCGUGUGCCAUCCGCCAACGGACGACGCCGGGUCAAGACGACUGGGCGUAUUCCGUCGGCGCAACGGGAUACGCAUACGAGUCCGAGCCCGCCACAACCCCCACCACGCCCGAAAAGCGCGAUAGGUCCAAACGUAAUCGGGUCACGCUUAUUCCUUAUCCAUUCGUGUUCAGCGUUUUGCUCGUGCUGGGCACCGCGGCCCUGGGACUGGCGGGUGCGGGUGCAUGGUUGGUCUUGCUUGUGGUCGUGAGUAUGGGCAAAACCGCUUUCACGGAUCCGGGCAUUGUUCCGCGUAAUCUGGACUUGACUCCUACAGUGGACGAUGACGGGAUUCCUUAUGCAAGGGAUAUCUACGUCAGGGGCAUUCCACUUAUCGACCCUUGCGAUCAAGCCACUGUCGAAUCUGCGACAAUUGUGUGGACGGGUGCGAUCACCAUUGCCAAUGGGUCAACAACUGUGUUGGGAGACCUGUUGGCGUUGAACGUGACUACGAUUGAACAAUUGCGCAAUUCGGCGCGAGUUUCACUCGGUGGUGGAACGGAGAGUGCGGCACCGAACGCGUUUAGUCUUGGCAAAUGGACUCGGAACGCCGCGUGGGGUGCGUGCAGACCAGCAGGACUAAGUUGGGUCGAGGGAUGGAAACCGGUACACGCAGACCAACGGCGGUUGCUCGAGGUAUCAGAGGAGGAGGUCUAA